UGCUUGUGAUAUUGGCAUCAGCAGCCCCUCUCUCUCUCUGUCUCUCUCUUUCUUUUCCCUCCUUCUUCUUAGCCUCUUCUCCUACAACAGAGGCCUAGGAAGGUUAGAGGGGGAAGGCGAUAAGGACUUCAUCUAUCUCGCACUUUGUUUGUUCCCUACAAACGCUAUUAGCACCUUACUCCAGUUGUGACAAGAGCUGACCAGCCGAGAUGAGUGCCUUGGGUUGUUUCGGGGAACCGCUGACCGAGGAAGAGAGGCAACGCAAGGAAAAGAGUAAAGAAAUUGAUCAGCAGCUUCGGAAGGAGAAAGUGGAAUACAAGUCAACACACAGAUUAUUACUAUUAGGUGCUGGUGAGUCAGGUAAAUCAACAGUUGUCAAGCAAAUGAAGAUCCUUCAUGUCAACGGAUUUUCAAAAGAGGAAAGAUUACAAAAUGUUGACGAUAUCAGAAGUAAUGUUCGUGAAGUGAUACAGACUGUGACGUCACAGAUGGACAAGCUAGACCCUCCAGUUACAUUAAAAGAUGAGAGAAAUCAGCUAAGGCUCAGCUACAUACAGAAUGUUAUCACCCCUUUACCCGAAUAUGAGACCAACUUUUCACCCGAAUUUUAUGAACAUGCCGAGGCUUUGUGGAAUGAUGAAGGUGUUCAGGAAGCUUUUCGAAGAUCAAAUGAAUAUCAAUUAAUUGAUUGUGCACCAUAUUUCAUGGAAAAUUCGAAACUACGUGAAGUUGCUAAUCCAGAUUACCUACCCUCAGACGAUGACAUAUUAAGAGCCCGAAGAAUGACAAAAGGGAUAUACGAGACACAUUUCAUUAUUGAGAAGGUUCAUUUUCACAUGUUUGAUGUUGGGGGACAGCGUGUGGAAAGAAGCAAGUGGAUACAGUGUUUCAAUGAUGUCACAGCUAUAAUAUACGUAGUGGCUUCUAGUAGCUUUAACAUGGUAAUAAGAGAAGACAACAGGACUAAUCGACUGAGAGAAUCUUUGAAUCUAUUUGAGCAGAUAUGGAACAAUAGGUGGCUACGCAAUGUCUCUGUCAUCCUUUUUCUCAACAAGAUGGACAUUUUGAAGGAAAAGAUUGAAGGGAAGCAUUUCCAUUUGGAAGAUUACUUUCCCGAGUUUUCAUCAUACAGACCACCAGCUGAAGCAUCAGAAAAGAGGGAGCAGGGGGACACAGAGACUGUUCUUAGAGCUAGGUUCUUUAUCAGAGAUCAAUUUUUGCGCAUUAGCAGUCGGGGUGCAAAUGAUGGACGCCAUUUCUGCUACCCUCACUUCACCACAGCAGUCGAUACUGAGAAUAUAAGGAGAGUUUUUGAGUCCUGUCGUGAUAUAAUUCAACGCAUUCAUCUCCACAGAUACGAGUUACUUUGAAGGAGGGUGGGAGGGAGAGAUACUUUUGACUUCUUUCUUUUUCUCUCCUCUCCUCACGUCUCUUUCUUAAGUGUAUGAUAAAAAAUGAAAUUAGCUCUAGCCAACUAAUAUUAAACUUAAUAACUUAAUAAUAAUAAUAAUAAUAUUAAAUAAUAUUAUGAUACAUGGAACAUUGUUGUUAUAAUUUUAAUGACAAAUUUAAAUCAUGUCAUUUUAUUGUCUUUUUCUCUCAA